CCUUCAAACUCUUUGUUUUCAUAAUCAGGCAUAGGCCAGGCCUCAACCCAGAUCACAUCACAUUAAUUCUACGACGCCCAUCGCCAUAAGCUCAGAGCCUGACGGUCGUAGUGGUGGUGGUGAAUGGAGAACGCCGAUGUCUUCCUUGGUUUGCACGACUUUCUGGAGCGGAUGCGCCAGCCAUCCGCUGCUGAUUUCGUCAAGUCCAUUAAAAGUUUCAUUGUUUCAUUCUUAAACAAUGCUCCUGACUCUGAAAGGGAUAGUGCGGCUGUACAAGAGUUCCUUGCCAAAAUGGAAGCAGCAUUUCGGGCUCAUCCUCUUUGGGCUGGCUGUUCAGAGGAAGAACUGGAUAGUGCUGGUGAAGGGCUGGAGAAGUACGUUAUGACAAAGCUAUUUACCCGUGUAUUUGCUUCACUCCCAGAUUAUGUAAAACAUGAUAACCAACUUUCUGAAAAGAUGGCUUUGCUUCAGCAAUUCAUUCGGCCUGAGAAUUUGGAUAUCAAGCCAAACCUUCAGACUGAAACUUCCUGGCUGCUAGCACAGAAAGAGCUUCAAAAGAUCAAUAUGUACAAGGCUCCUAGAGACAAGCUUAUAUGUAUCCUCAAUUGUUGCAAGAUUAUUAACAAUAUGUUGUACAAUGCGACAAUUGCUUCAAAUGAGAAUCCUCCUGGAGCAGAUGAAUUUCUUCCAGUCUUGAUUUAUGUUACCAUAAAGGCAAAUCCUCCUCAACUACACUCAAAUCUGUUGUACAUACAAUGUUAUAGACGUCAAUCUCGAUUGGUUGGAGAAGCAGCCUAUUUUUUCACAAACAUGCUCUCUGCUGAGUCUUUCAUCUCAAACAUUGAUGCGCAAGUCCUUUCAAUGGAGGAAGAUGAGUUUGAAAGGAACAUGGAAUCUGCCCGUGCUCUCCUCGCUGGCCUUUCAACAGAUUUGGAUAGUUUGUCCAACCAACUUGACCAAAUUGCAGAUAAUGCAUCUGGGGAAGAAUCCCAAAAUCAAUCAUUGAACUCUGAGGAGGACGAUGCAUCCUUAGGUAAAUCUUCGCAAACCAACCCUGGAAGUAAGGAGGUAUCAUAUUCAAAAGACCAGUCAUCAAUUGCCAAAGUUCCAACACUCUCAGAGUUGGUGAAUAGAGGGGCAGCUAUGCUUUUGGAGGAGGAUAAAAUGAGCCAGCUCUUUUAUGAGUAUCCAUUCAUAUUUGCCCAUGCUGGAGAUCUAACAAUAAAUAAUGUGGAAGAUCUGCUAAAUAACUAUAAACAACUUGUGUUCAAAUACAUCUGUCUUUCAAAAGGAAUUGAUGGUGCUACUCCAUCUUUUCCUUUCUCAAGUUCAAGCACUCAAGCCCAGCAGCAUGCUGACACUGUUGAAGAACAUGAGGACAGUAGAGCAACAGAGCAGAACUUUGAGUCGCAGAAAGACAUCGAUAUGGGAUACGGUGGUUCUGAUAAAGUGUCAAAUGAAGAAAACGUGGAAUCUAUGAAGGAUGAAGCAGUUUCGUCUGAGAAAGAUAACAAUGGCUUUGAAUGACACCUUAGGGGAAAGAUGUUUCUUUGUGGAUGUUUGUUGGUAUUCAAAGUUGGUUUAGUAAUGAGCGUUUUUUCUUGGUCAUUUCAACUUGGUGAAUGGAAUACCAUUGUGCUGGUAAACAUGUAGCAAGGAGAGACUAUGUUGCUAUCUGAGUUUUUUGUUCUCAAACAGAAAGCAUGGAGGAGAAAUCGAGGACAAAGCCAGGGGUUUUGACAACAGUUCAUGAUGGUCUUAGAAUUCCCAAGAAGAUGCAAAUUCUAUGCAACCAAUUCUGCUCAACUCAGCAAAACCAAGGUCUAAACAUCUGUAAGUCCAAGCUGCAUCAAAGGACAUGUUGUAGCAUAUAUUUGAUUGAAAGUCAUAGCAGCAUGGCACAUUUCUGGAUAUCAGGGACAUCAUCGGAGGUGGCUUCUGUUAUCUAUGUUAGUUCCACUACUUUUUUUUUUUUUUGGUACAUAUAGUUCCAUGACUUUGUCCCCAUUCCCCACCUUCACCGUGGCAGAAACGACUUCUUUG